AUGACAAUGCCCCCACCACUUCCUCCAGUGUUAUCCACAGCACACCAACACGAUGUAGACACUUCUUCGACGUCCCUUCUCACCAUUAUAAAACCUCCUGUUCCAGGCCGACGUCCGAGAACUUCUCAGUCAACAAAUAAUGCAGAAGUUUUGGUGCCGCCUCUGAUCGCGGGCGCACUUGUUGCUGCUUUUGCGGCUGCCCUUGCCGAAGGAUUAGACAACCAGCUUCUCACUCACUACUACCUCCCCGAACAAAAAUUCCGAGUCAACAUCGAUAGAGUUCUUGAUCGGUUGUUAUCAGAGUUUACUCAUAUGCUGUGGGAUGAGCUAUGGGCUUUUUACUGCGACUCGAAUCCGCAUUCCACGGACCAGAUUAAGAAGCUCUUCGACGGACCUGUUUGUCAACUUAUACUUAUCCUCAAUGGACCCGAGGCGCCACGAUGUAUUCUCGAUAAAAUAGGCCCGGGUAUUUCAAGGCGGCCGUCGACUUGGUCAGAGACGGCGCGAGGUAUUGAUCUUCCUAUUGCGCUUCAGCUAUUGUGCAGUUACUGGGAUAGAGAAUACCCGGCUCGCUCACCCAGGGGGUCACCCAACGAGAUUGCCUCUUCGCUACAUACCUAUAUCACGACAGGAAACUCUGCCAAACAUCUCAUCGCCAAGAUCCGAGAGACACUCAUCUCACCGCAUCAUGUACAGAUGCACAUGAUGGAAUCGGCUCUUUGGCAUAUUCUCAUCAAGCCUCCUUAUCGACAGCCAGUGGACGGCUUCCAUGUUGUGCAGUUCAAGUUUGAAUGCCAGCUACCCGGGAUCCUUCAGGAUAUCGGGGAUCCUCAGUUAUUCAACCUUGGUUCUUUGACGGCUAUCACUGGAACGGCCAAUGAUUGUGUUUACACCACCGUAUCUGAAUAUGCAACCAAGCAGUGGCCUAAGUGUGGUGAACUCCUCCUCGGAUGCAUCCAAGAUGCCGUCCAGGGAGCUUUGAUAUCUACUUGCAACGGCGAUUCCUUCAACGGCAUGUCUAUCUGGGAUGGCACCGAUAACCCCCUCUUAUGCCCCGGUCUGCGUCUACUACACAUCGAAGUCGAAGAAGGCUAUGUUCGACUCACCGUCUCAGCAUGGACGCAUACCAUGAUUGAGAUCUUACAACAAAUGGCAUGGACAUGUUCUGUCCUCAGUGCCUCACCCCUUCCUGGUUCUCUUUCAGAGUCUGCGGUUCAGGUAGCAGAUUGGCAGUACAUGGAGGAGUCAAUCUUUGUCGAAUGCAGUCUUUCGCAUCGACCUGUACCAGAAGGCGAUGGGGCGCCUUGGUUGAGACAAUUGGGAGGGGUUGCAAUCGCAAAUGGAUUUCCUAUAAGUAAUGUUCGGCAAGAUUCGCAGAUGUCAUAG